AUGCCUAAACGAAAGAGAGACGAGACGGAAGAAGACAAAUGGCGUAGAAGAAUAAAAAAAUAUGAAGCCAAGUUAAGGAAUAUUCACCGUGCUGUCUGCUCGAGUGAUGAUGAACGUGAUAUAAUUGAAGAUCACCUGGAAUACGAACAAGAUGCAGGUUAUGGUGAGCCUGCGCCUGCAGGUUCCGCCGCACAGUACGACGAGUACAUGUACGAUGACAUAAUUGAAGAUAAAUUGGAAACUGAAUCAGCUAUAUUAGCUGCCCCUGCUAGUCAUGCAAUCCAAUGUACCGCAGAAGUACACGCCGAAUCAGAGAUUCCGGCGCCUAAUAAUGCAGAUGUUCAAAAGGAAGUAACUUCUGCCGAAAACGAGGUCACUGCCGUGACGGAGGAUUUUGAUCCCGACUUAUUACGAGCCUUGGGCGAGUUUGAGCCAGAUGCUGUUGAGUGGGGCGACAAUGUUCACGAAGAUAUUGCUAAACAUUUUCAGCAUAUUCUUUUGAAUGGGUUAAAAAAGGAAACAAAAGAAGAGUUAAGUAAAAAAUAUCUCCAUCCAAAAAACGUUCCUUUUUCAAAAGCCCCAACUCUAAAUCCGGAAAUCGCCGCCAUGCUGACCGAGGCAUCCAGAAACCGGGAUAAUCGCAUUCUCGCCAAACAGGAGCAGAUAGGAAAAGCUCUUUCUGGUCUAGGCAAGGCUAUGACCUCCCUUUUGAAAAAGGAUCCUAAUAUAGCUGAAGCUAUACGUAUGUUAAGUGACGUCGGAAAAUUAGUUGCCGACGCGCACUUUGCCGAAACAGAAACUCGUCGGUCGGUCAUAAUUCCGCUGGUCGAUAAAUCGCUCAUCGAGCCCUUUAAAGAUAGGAAAAGGGAUAGUUUUUUAUUCGGCGAAAAGCUGGGCGAGUUAGUUAAGAACUCCCGCGGUAUCAAGAAAACUGGGCAGUUGAUUCAAGCAGCCCCUACAGGAGCUGUUUCAAGCUCCGUUUUAAACUGGAGGCCCCCACCGCCACGCCCGCGCCUGCAGCGCGGCGGCCAGCUGCCGUAUCCCGGCCGCGGCGGGGGGCACCGCGGGUACUACCACUACCAACCCCGGCGCCGAGCGCCGCCAGCCCAGAACACGACCUCCCGGCGCCAGGCGCAGCAUUCGCCGCCGGCGCCUCCGCCGCCGAAGCGACAAGCAGCCCAGGCAGCGCGUCCGCCGGCCAACCAGCCACAAUCAUAG